GUUCUAAUAGAAUGUCCUGUCUUUCAUGAAUGUUUCCAAGAAUAUUAUUCACAGUUCAUUCAGCUUAGAGCUGCUUUAAUAAAUAUCAUACACAGGACAGUGAUGGCUAUGUUAAAGGGAGAUGUUUAUUAUGUUAAUGCUCAAAGUCAAUUCUUUGAAAACUGAACAGAAUUGAAGAAGUUGCUUUAAAUGGCACCAGACAUGGCUGGGGGACCAGGAGGAGAUUGACAUUUCAAGGGCUGAUUGAGACAAAAAAAAGCAGAAAUAUGGAAGCAUCUGCCAUAGGGGUUACUUUCAUAGGGGUCGGAGGGUUAAGCUAUGGAUCUUGGUAUAGCUAGGAAAAACAGGAGCUAGGUUUUCUUAAAAAUGGAAGACAAUACAAAAUAUAAAACCUUCCUUUUUGGAAAAGGAUGCCAAGUGACUGAAGAUGGCCUAGAAAAAUAAUGGGAAAGAGGGAAAGUAAAAAAAGAAGAAAAGGUCCAAAUCUGAGAAGAUGCACCUCCUGACUGCUUUCCAACUUUUUAUGCUAGCACUUUCACUGACUAUGGCCUCUGACCAAGUCACAGGGGAAUGUGAACCAAAAAUAAACACGUGCAAUGUUAUGCCUUGUGGUAUGCCUGGGAGCAAUGGGUUACCAGGUCGAGAUGGGAAUGAGGGUCCUAAAGGAGAAAAGGGGGACCGAGGAGAGAGAGGAACAAUAGGUCCUCCUGGAAAACUUGGACCCAUGGGCAUCAAAGGUGAUCCGGGGCCUGUGGGACCCAAAGGACCAAAAGGAGACAAUGGAGGAAAUGAAGAAAUUAAUUCUCUGAAGCAGCAAGUAGUGGCCCUUCAAGAACAGGUGAGAAUCCUGCAAACAAGUUUCUCCAAGUACAAGAAUGCUGCACUGUUCCCAAGUGGCCGAGCAGUUGGGGAAACAAUAUUCAAGACCAGUGGCUUUGAGGGCAACUUUGAGAAGGCACUGCAAUCAUGUAGACAAGCUGGUGGACAAGUAGCCUCACCCAGAAAUGCAGCAGAGAAUAUGGCAAUUCAUGAGAUUGUCACAGUAUACAAUAAGGAGGCCUUACUUGGUAUGACCGACAUGAAGACAGAGGGAAAGUUCAUCUAUCCAACAGGGGAAUCAUUGGGCUAUUCCAAUUGGGCCCCAGGAGAGCCCAACAACACUCGGGAUGAAGAGGACUGUGUUGAGAUCCUUAAAAAUGGCAAAUGGAAUGACAGGAAAUGUGGGGAUUCAGCUCUCAUCAUAUGUCAAUUUUGAGCCACUAGUAGAGAAAGAACUAUUAUUUAUCUGCUAUGAGGUAGCAAGAGGAUAGAUGUGAUACAGGCUGAUGUCAAGAAGAAUGCCUGGGGACCACAAAGGCUCAUCAUGUGAAGGACCACUAUACUGCUCUUGACUAAUAAAUAAAAUAUCAAUUCCUU